AUGGCCGAGCCAGAGGACAUACACGCCCGCAAGCCCUCCGGUGUAAACAUAUUCGGAAUCUCUGGCAGCGGCUAUCAUCAUCUAAUGCCCCACGAAAUGGCCGAUCUUGACAAGCCCUCGCCGGAAGCGAAAAUGAGUCCUCCCGAGACACCGCAUUCCUUUCACAACCUGCUCGGCGGGCACCAGCCAGCGGGAAGUUCUUCUUCUAGUCCCAGAGUCGCUGAUUCUCAGGGAAUGCCUGAGCCGUACUCUCAGAUCUGGGCUCCUUCUAUGCCGCGCGGUGGUGAUGAGAAGAAGAGCGAUAUGCCUAGGACCAUGGAGCGAGAAGUCAAGAUGAGUGAGGGGGGGAAACUUCCUAAGAUUGUGGAACCGAGGGGGGAUGCUAUGGAUGAUGAGUUUGAUGAUGAGAUUUUUUAUAAAAAGUUUGUCUACUCAACAGUCGGCAGUGGAAUCUGGCUCGUCACAGCCAUCCUCCAACCACGAUGGGGCCACAAAAUCGCCUCUGGCGCAUCCCUCUCACCAUCAACAGCAACGACCCUCGCAGCACUACUAGCAAAGACCAUCGAAAUGUCCUUCGUCACUGUCUUCGUCUCAUGUCUAGGCCAAGUCCUCACCCGAAGAGCCUUUAUUCGAAAAGCGAAUGGCAUGUCACUUGCGGAAAUGACGAUGAGGAACUGGGUUAUUCAGCCUGGAUCUCUCAUCACUCACUUCGAAACACUGCCUUCGUCGUCGUUGACGCUUCUGGGGAUGUUGUCGCUUACUGCUACGAUUGCAGCUGCGUUCUACACGACUGCUUCUGACGCGAUGGUCUCACCCAAGCUAAAGUCUGGGAGCUGGGAGCAUAAGGAGCUUAUUGGAUAUGUGCGCGCGUCGUAUGCUAAUGCAGCGUAUGUGCGUGAGGACUGCCCGUAUCUUUUCAACAUUACUGAAGACAUCCACGCCGCCGAGUCUUGCAUGAAUGUUCAGUUCUCGGGUCAAUCUUACAGGAAUUUGCUUAACUAUAUGAACAUGUGGACGAGCCUCAACCAAAACGGAACCGAAGUCUCAUCGGAUAUGAAGAAGCGACCUGGUGGGACGACGCUGCUCCACGAUAACACUACGUUGUACUCUUCCUGGAUCGAGACUGAGCACGGCGACGUCAAAGCGCACUUUGAAGAAACAGGGCGCAUUAUUAAUAAUGUCACUCUCGCCCUUCCCCACCCUGGUGUUUAUGGUGCUUCCACUCUCAAACUGAACGGAAUUCUUCAGCCUGACGAUCUCGCUGGAGUUGGGGAGUACACCGUUCGAGCAGGCGUUGUCUCACCAUCUGUCAACGUCUUGUGUGUCGAUAUGGACAAAAAGGAACUUGCCCCUCUCGUUUACACGACAUGGCCUAACGCCAAGGUCAACAACACUGACAUCCCUGGCCAAAAGACGGGUUGGCCUGGUUGGACGGGCGAAGUUCCCCAGCCACUUGAUGGGAAGAACAAGGACUAUUAUCUCAACCGGACUGAUGUGGAUGACAUCUUCAGAUGGGGGCCCAAGUACGAGCGUCGGCCUCCUGUCUUCCAAAUGUACCCCUUUGACUUUAACCUUCUCACAAACGCGACUGUCUAUGCAGCCGACGCCAUCUACACCCUCGGCAAAUCUCCUGAGAGCAAAAACUACACCGUCUGUCAACUUCGGUCGUGGGUAUCGCCCAACUGUUCUACAGAGUUCAACAUCUCCGGUAUCGCCGGUGCCACCAUGAAAGCUCACUGUGAAGACGACGCUGACGAGAACGCUUAUCGACGAUCAUUCCCUUCAGACCAAGGCUGGUCUGCUCCCUCUCUUGACUGGAAGUGGCUCGCUGAUCAAUGGCGGUUGUCUAUGGAUCUUAAUGGUGGCUCUGUUAACAACAAUGCCUCCAACGCUCGUAUCCUCACUCAACUUGCCCUUCAUGAACCAAAGAUGCCUGCUUCUUAUCCCUCACUCGCCGAAGCUCUCGCUGUGUAUUCCAGCCCUCUCAUCAUGAUCAGCGCUAUCGGCACGCCCUUCCGUCAUUAUUGGGAUCAGGACCCAAAGGCAUACCCCGAAAACCUCAUCCCAGCACCUGGCUUUCCCCAACCCUUCAACGCAUCGCUCAUCACACAAGAGUACACAUCCGGACACACUCAGUCAUGGCAGAACAUCUUUUACGUCAUCCUCGUUCUCGUCUUCGCCAUCAAUUUAUUCUGUUUGGGCUACUUCAUCAUGCGCUCGGGUCUAGUGACAGACUUCACCGAACCACAGAACUUAUUCUCCCUCGCGAUCAACAGUCCGCCAAGCAAGUCGUUCCACGGCAGUUGUGGCGGAGGUCCUGAGAAGAGACAUCUUGUUGUCCCGUGGAAGGUUGCGUAUGCGCCGAGUGCGAACCAUUAUUUCUUCCAGGACAAUUCACCUGGAAAGGAGACGUCUGAAGGGUUGAGUACGGCGAGGGAGUAUGGAGAACCGAGGCAAAGCCAUAGGGCAUUCCGCUUGAUCGCAGAGAGUUCGCUGCCUAACAUCUUUGACCAUGCUAUGGAGCCUACCGGUGCUACGUAUGUCCUUACUGCCGCCCAGUUUGCUGGGCAGGUUAACCAGCCUGGCGGAGAUCCUGUGCAGCGUCAAGCGCAGGUCGAGCGUGGCCUUGCUUCUUUUGAACAGGCGAAGAAGCAGAUGAGGGAGGAUAUGGUAGGAGAGCUUCACCGGUACCUGGAGUCUGGAAAAUGGAUCCAAUCCAGUCAAAAUGCGAGUGGCCAUACAGCAUAUAAGAGGUUCAUGGGCAAGUCCGGCUACACUCAUUCACUACAUUACGGACACUUCUUCGUCAUUCAGGCCAUAUAUGUCCAGGGCGGAGGGCAUAUCCAUGAUGCCAUCUUCAACAUGUAUCAAGCGAUUUCGGGAUAUUGGGACAUGACUAUCACUCCGGAUAAGCCUUUUUAUCCGCGUCUUGCAGACUCUCAGAGGGAGCGUCGUUUGAUCUUGGGAAUCAUUCAAGGACCCAAUACUCCAAGUGGGAGACAAGCCACCUCUGACAAACACAGAGAGUUGGGAGUUUAUCUCAGGGCUGCAGCACAACUCACGGCACAAAUCCAGAACGAGGAACAGGUCGAAAAAGAACGCUCUAUGGAUUUUCAAAGAACGAGAGACGAGCUGAGGCAUGCUCAGCAAAGAAACUUGGAACUACAACAAGAACUCCAGGAGGGGGCACGGAUUCGACGAGAUGCAGAGCGCAACGAGCAGGCGUUGCGACAUCAGCUGAAACAAAAGUCAGACCAGCUGCAAGAUGCACAGGCGCAACUACAAGAAGCGAAUCAUAAACUUGUUGAGUCAAAACGACAUGUGCAGGCCUAUGGAACCCAUCAUCAGCAAAUUUCAACGCAAAUUGCAGAGCUUGAAAAGCAGCACGCCCGGGUCGAGGGGUCUAAGUCGGCGACCAAGCGUCCGGCUGCGGGAAUUGCAGGUGGUGAGGAACCCAAGCGGCGUCGUCAGAACUGA